AGCUCGGGCUGGCUCUCGGUUGGGGCUUGAUUGGCGCUUGGGCGGGGCUCGUAUGCUGUCGUCUCCCACUCCAGUUAGUCGGCAGCAGCCAGAGCAUGAGGCAGGCACCGCGCAGCUUUUUUACCCCGGCUUGUUGCUGUUCUUCCCAAAGAUCGCUGUUUUUUCGCAUAAAAGGAGACGUAAAGGAGCAGCAUAUGCAAACGAAGGGAGAAUUAAUAAUAUAUAGAGCCUAUGGUCGAAUCUCCCGUUCUCUCGCUCUCUCCCACUCAAGUGAUAAGAAAACAAUCAACAAGUUUGUUUUUAGUGUGCAAAUCAAUCAACAACGAAAACAGCAGUUGAGAAACAAAACAACCAACAAAAAAAGUAUGCGGCCUAAACACUUGAAAGGCCAAAAAGGCCCCCGCAAAACUGGCAACUGUUGAAAGCAAUUAAAAGUACGGUUAAAACCAAAACAAAACCUGAAAUAGUGGAAAUAGCACACAAAACAAAACAAAAACAACAGAAAAAAGUGAGGAAAAACGAAAGAAAAUGUCAGACCCACAGCCAAAGGAUACGGCAUUAAAGACUAAAGAUACAGCAGUUGCAACACCAGCAGCAGCAGCGGCAGCAGCUACAGGUCUGGCCACAUUGCCGCCUCCGCAAACUGCCACUGCCACAAAAACAACAACAGCAUUAACAGGGCGAAAAACUUUAACCUCCAGUCGGGCAUUCUCAUUGUUUGAUCAGAUGAAAAACGGCGUCAAUUUAAACAGUUUAACAAUUGGCGCCACAGCCACUGCCGCAGCAACAGAGCAGGCGGCAACAUCCACUGCCACAGGAUCCACACCCACAAGCACUGCCCUGCCGGCACUGGCACCGCCCCCAGUGCCCCCAGUGCAACACUCGAACAUCGAGCUGAAGCCGCCCGCCAAGCCGCCCCGUUUGUUCAGCAUGCCCAGCAGCAUUGGCAUUGUCCAGGGCACCAAAAGGGGGGCCAACGACGAUGGAACGGGUACUGCCAGUGCCGCACAGUCGCCUGCCGCAUUGGAUAUAAACGCACUCCGAUCUCAGCUGUAUCAGGGCGCCGCAGCACCACCAGGAGGAGCCGCAGGAGGCGCGAAGAUGCGGUGCCGGGAUCGAUACGAUUCGUCAGAGUCAUCCGACAGGUGAGUGAGUGAAUGAUGGAGAGGGGGGUAAUGCGGAAAUGCUGUAAAACGUAUCUGUCAGAUACAUGCAUGCAUGCAGCAAGGGGAGGAGAACUCUGAGAUGCAAUAAAUCAGUGAUGCAUUUGUCCCAAUCAGCAAUCGGGAAUCAGCGCAUGUUUAAGAUGUCCUCGUGCCGUGCCAAAUCUGUAUCUAGCAGAUACACUUGGAUUGGCUGUCUGGCUAUAAACGGAUAUGCAAAAAAACUGUAUCUGCGGGAUGUGCAGUGCCAAGACUGCACUAAAUGCGGAUACACCGAAAAUAAGUAUCUGCGAGUGAGCCAAAAGUGGCAAUCCAAAUGCCUAUGCGAUGCCAAAAGUGCCCAAAAAUAGUACUAGUACUAGGAGAGUAUCCACGAGAUACUCCGAGCCUCGCCACGAUGAGAUACUUUCGAACAAUAAUCAUUGAUAACCGAUUGAGGCAGAAUUUAUCUGGCAGUUCAACGAGCGAUUCGACAAUCGCAUCUGUGAGAUACUAGAUACGUAAACAAUCGCCGUGGCAAGUGGCCUAGCGGCACGCGCGCCAACCCCCUUAAUGGCCCUAGUAGUCAUCGGAUUGUAUAUUUAUGACUUACAGAUACACAGAUACAUUUGUAUCUUCUUGCCGCAAUGCCAACUAAUUUCCGCUCAUUAAAAAUGCGCAACGCAGCAGCAGCAGCAGAAACAAAGCAGAGCCGUAGGCGGGGGGCGAUUGCAGCG